GGCUUCGGGGCCGGAACGGCUUCGGGGCCCGGAACGGCUUCGGGGCCGGAACGGCCUCGGCGGGCCGGAAACACCGCGGAGCCGCGGGAGCGCGCAGGCGCCGGGGCGGGAGCGAGGCCGCGCGCAGACUCCAUUUCUCCAGGAGGAGCUGAAGCCCAGAAAUCCCCAGCAUGGAUUUCCAGCACCGGCCCGGGGGUAAAACGGGCAGCGGGGGCGUGGCCUCGGCCUCCGAGAGCAACCGGGACCGGCGGGAGCGGCUGCGGCAGCUGGCCCUGGAGACCAUCGACAUCAACAAGGACCCCUAUUUUAUGAAAAAUCAUUUGGGCUCCUACGAGUGCAAGCUUUGCCUGACGCUCCACAACAAUGAGGGGAGUUACUUGGCACAUACCCAGGGGAAGAAGCAUCAGACCAAUUUGGCCCGACGAGCUGCCAAGGAAGCCAAGGAAGCCCCUGCCCAGCCUGCCCCAGAGAAGGUCAAAGUGGAAGUGAAGAAAUUUGUCAAAAUUGGGCGCCCAGGCUACAAGGUGACCAAACAGAGGGACCCAGAAACAGGCCAGCAGAGCCUUCUCUUCCAGAUCGAUUACCCAGAGAUAGCUGAGAGCAUCAUGCCCCGGCACCGCUUCAUGUCGGCCUACGAGCAGCGCAUCGAGCCCCCGGACCGGCGCUGGCAGUACCUGCUGAUGGCAGCUGAGCCCUACGAGACCAUCGCCUUCAAGGUGCCAAGCAGAGAAAUUGAUAAAGCAGAGGGAAAGUUCUGGACUCACUGGAACAGAGAAACCAAACAGUUCUUCCUCCAAUUCCACUUCAAGAUGGAGAAGCCCCCGGCCCCCCCGAACCUCCCCCCAGGGCCCCCGACCGUCAAGCGGCCGCCGCCCCCUCCCCUGAUGAACGGGCUGCCCCCGCGGCCCCCCCUGCCCGACUCCAUGCCCCCCCCUCCCCCUGGGGGCAUGGCCCUGCCCCCCAUGCCCCCCUCCGGGCCGGUGCCACCCCCGCCAGUGCCCCCCCAGCUGCCCCCAGCGCCCGGGGUGCCCCCCCCUGCCCCCCUGCCCCCCAUGAUGCGGCCGCCGCUCCCCACGGAGGGGCCGGGCACCAUCCCCCCUCCCCCUCCCUCCAACUGAAGCCCCUCAUGGGCUCCAUCCCGUGGGAUUUGUGGCUUUUUAACUGCAGCUCGCCCCCGAUCCCGGAACAGAUCCUUUUUGUAUGUCUGCAAACCUGACUGAGUUCUGUAGGUUCAUUAAAAGGGUUUUGAUUCUCCUUGGC